AUGUGGAAACUGGUGGCCAGUGUCGUGUUGGUUCUAUGGAUCUCAUCGUAUCUUUAUUCUCUUUACUUGGAUUCUCAAAAAGAUAUCCAUGAAUUAGCCCUUAAAGAACAAUCAAAUAUUUCACCCACUAGGAAAGAAGAUGAAACUGCAAUUUAUAGAAACAAUCAAACACCUCAUGGAUUACCUUUAACCACUGGAUUACAAGUUAGACAUGGAUUCAAAUUAAGAAAUGGAAAUUUAAGAGAUGUAUGGUCAGUUAUUAUGAGUAAAAAAAAUAUUAAUAACUUGACAUUUUUAAAUCAAGGUAUUGAAACAAUAGUUGAUAUUUAUACAUUGAAUAGUGCCAUUGGUAAAGUUGCUAGUUUUGCUAAAGAACAUAACUGUCAAACUAUUGGUACUACAGCUCCAUUAUACUCGUUUGAAGGGUUUGUUACUACAAUUGCAUGUUUUGUUAAUGGGUUAACUAUCCAUAAUUUUAAUCAUUUACCAAGAUCAACACCAAAAGAUAUAGAUUUAAUGAUUAUACCAGAAUCUGAAUUAAAUUUUGCCCUUAAAUUAAAUUUUAAAUUAAUAUUAGUAAUUUGUGAAGACAGAUCAAAAACUUUUAAACAAUCAAAUUUAAUCAAUUGGAGUAUAUUGGGUGAUCUAUUUGAAACAAAACUUGAAAAAUAUGAAUACAAGUACAAACCAGAGUAUGAUGAUGGUACACCAUAUAUUGAAACCCAUAAUUUCAAAACAACAAGCUAUUCACAUCAAAAUUUUGUUAGUUCAAUUGCAGCUACUACAAAAGAAUUACCACUUGGACAUGAAUUAAACAAUCAAGAUAAAAUUUUAAUUGGAUAUGAAAGUUCAUCUGUUAAAUAUUUGUCCAAAAUUUUAACAAUUUUAUUAUUUGGUGGUUCUAUAGUUUUAGGGAAUAGUAAUGAUUCUAUUUUCAAACCAGAUUUAAUUGGAAAAUAUUCAAUAACUAUCCUAGCAGUUGAUUCCAACACAGCUAAAAGAUUUUUCUUGAAUAGUGAAACUUUGAAGCAAUAUAAUGGUUUGAUAAAUUCAAUCUUAUUUAAAAGAGCACAAUAUUUAUUAGGUAAAGGAAUUUUCACCCAAUUUGCAAGUUUAUCAAAAUUUAAAACACUAAGACUUAUUUAUAUUGAUCAAUUAAAUGAAAAAAAUCAACAAAUCUCCAUCCCAGAUUUAAACAAAAUUAGAGUUAUAUCAAAUGCAAGAAUCAUAACUGAAAGAUAUUUCCCUGGAGUUAUAGGACCAAUUUUAAGUACAAAUUUUUAUGACUAUAGAAUUUUCACCAAUCCCAAAUUAAAAAAUCGUGGUACUUCAUCAUUAUCAUUAGAAUUGAAACUUUUUAAAUAUAAAGAUUUAGAUAUCGAGAAAAGAAAUGGUGAAUUAUGUAUUCGUGGAUUUAUAAUUGGUAAACCAAGUGAUCAUGAAGAUCUGAUUAAUGCAAUUCAAAGAGGUGAAGAAGUUGGAAGUGAAGGAUGGAUGCCUACUGGGAUCAUUGGGAAACUUGGUGUCGAUGGUUGUUUCUAUGAGAGCUAA